AUGUGGCUGCAGAACCUGUUUUUCCUGGGCACUGUGGUUUACAGCAUCUCUGCACCCACCCACCCAUCCAGACCUGUCACCCGGCCUUUUCUACAUGUGGAAGUCAUUAGAGAAGCCCUGAGCCUUCUGAAAAACAGUAGUGACACUGCUGCUGUGAUGAAUGAAAAAGUAGAAGUCGUCUCUGAAAUGUUUGUCUCCCAGGAGCCGACAUGCCUGCAGACCCGCCUGAAGCUGUUCACACAGGGCCUGCGGGGCAGCCUCACCAGGCUCAACUGCUCCUUGACCUUGCUGGCCAGCCACUACAAACAGCACUGCCCCCAUAUCUCGGAAAGUUCCUGUGCAACCCAGAUUAUCACUUUCAAAAAAUUCAAAGAGAACCUGAAUGAUUUUCUACUCACCAUCCCCUCUGACUGCUAG